AUGAACGAUUCUAGAAAGCACCUCCUAAGUCCCCUUACUCCGUCUACGGUCGAAUUUUCGCCUUCGAAAACAGACGAGGAUGGAUUUCCGCGAACCCCUUUGUACCCUCCAGGGCCUCCACCUCAGAAGUUGCACUGGAAAGAUGCCAUCGGCGGCUCAGGAUGGGCUAUACUGCUCACUGGACUGACGGUGACAUUGCUGUCUAUGGCCUUGCUCAUCUUUCUCUGGACAGCCAACCAGUCGUUCGAGGGUCGAGAUGCUCCUGCUCUGUGGCGAUGGAUUGUGCUCCAGGGCAAGACGACGCCUGCUAUAACUUUCACUUCCUUGUUACUUCGUGUAGGGAUCACGCUUCAAGCUGGGCUCUGUACGAGCCUGGUGGCAGCGUUGCUUCUACAGCGGAGGCAGGUCCCUUUGGCCCAGGUCGCUCAAUUUUCGGCCCUUCGGAGUGGGAAUACCAGCCCUGACAAACUCAUGAUGCUCUUGAUUCAGACAUGGUGGGCGAAGAGAUUCAAUUCUAUCCCAAUUGCCUACUUAUGCCUUCUCUUUCUGGGAUCUGUAGCGAUCCAAUUUUCGUCGACUAUACUCGUGCAAGAUCUUGGCGACACAUCCAUCGUUGGUUCAUAUAAGAAUCAGAGCGUCAAUCCCGGUCCGGAAAGAGGUCGAUCCGGGGACAAAUUUUUAAAGACUCUAUCGGCUACCGAUGAAGACAUUAUGAACAAGAAUGCUGUUCUCCUAUCCUCGAUUGUUGACUACAGCGCGAGGCCACAGGUCGUUACUCCGUUUGGCCAAACUGAACUCCGACUACCUACUCCAGACUCGAAUGGUGUCAGCGACACCGGCCUCAUUGAAUGAGCGUUCCUACCCUUUUCCAAUCCAACUCAUCGUACUUCUCUUAGAGAGUAUACUGGAUAUACAACCAACUUCAACUCGAGGACCACCUGUUUCAGACCAAUAAUGAGCGCAACAUAUCGUGUUAAGAGUGCCCUAGUCGGUG